UCAUGGACGCUUUCCACUUUACAAUCUGGCUCUACUCCCAAGCUGAGACGUUAAACAUCUGGAAGGAUGCCCCAAUCGGUGUUGGUCACCGCCUAGUAAAUUUCCACAGCAUCCGGGAAGCUUUUGGACCAGGAUGGGAGACGACGACGACGACGGGAGAUGCGUCACUGAGCGAGCAGGGAGCCUCGCCUGACAGGCUCACACCCCCCACUUCUCUCUCUCUCUCCUCCCCCCCCCGUCCCCGUCCCACCCAUCCAGCCUCUUAAAACAGCAAUGCAGGGAAACGCCUUUCUCUCCUCUGCAUCUUUGCAAAGUUACACUUUAGUUACGACACCCUGUUGCUGAUUGGGACGAAAGGCGGCAGCUGCUUUCCUGCCCCAAGGGUGGGGGCACCAGUUUCUUCUUCCUUGCAAGCCAGUCGGAAACAUGGCAAGCAUUCAAGAUCUCCCCGAUGACGUUUUGCUGGCAGUGUUCCGCCUGCUCCCCAUCAACGAGCUGAUCUGGAACUGCCGGCUGGUUUGUUCACGUUGGCGAGACGUCCUGGACACCCCUUACCUGUGGAAGCACAAGUAUCAAGAAGAGGACGCCGGCCUGAAGAUGCCGAAGACCUUCUACAUUUUCUGCCACUUGGAGAAGAACUUAAUCAAGAACCCUUGCGGCGAAGAAGGAUUAGACUUCUGGGAUACGGCCACACCUUCCAAUGGACAGUGGAAAGUUAAAGAUAUCUUUGAAAAAGACUCUGCAAGGCUGCAGGCCUGGGACUUCCUUCAGAGGAAUAUUUAUAUCAAAGAUGAAUGGAUACCCUAUCAAGAAGUUGAAAAAUGUUUUGCCGCGUACAAUGGGCUCUGCACAAAGUCUCAGCUCAUCACCUUGAAGGAUGAAGGUUACUGGGACCAGCUGAUGGAUGACGGGAGACCUACAAUUGUGGUGAAGGAUUGGUUUUACAGCAGCUUCAACAGCCAUUACGAGUUGUGCGUGAAGCUCUUGUCCGAGGACUUCACGGUCAUCCGAGAGUAUCACUCCGAGAACAAAUACAAAUAUGACUCCGAGUAUAAUGACGAAUGGCGUCAGGUAUCGCACGCCUUUCACAACGUCCCUCCGGGAAUCCGUCACAUAUUUUUCCAGCACCAAGGCCUGCAUUUCAACUGGCAGCAGUCGAGCUGCGGCACCAAACUCAUGAAGUGCUUGAAGAUGGCCAAAGAGAGGGGGAAAUCCCAAAGAAUGAGGAUUACCAAAACGAGCGUCACCGUCGGGCCGUUCUCCCUAGACAAGGCCAUGUACCGCCGACACGGCCGAGACAUUAGACACUGUCACUUCAGCCAAUGUCCCUGCCGGGGGAACUACAUUCACUGGUCAAUGACGCCGAAGUGCAGAUUGGGUGCCUUCCGCUGAACCUGGUUCAAACGGUCUCUGCUCGCCUUAAGUCGCGUAGGAAAAAGAGCAGACGCAAAAAAAACCAGAGGUGUGUUCUUUUACGAACCUUUUCCUCCCCCAGAAAAGUUGAAAAGUGAAGUAGCGGUACCGGAAAAACGGGGCGAAGUGGCCCAGAGGUCGUUAUCUCCUUCUCGUUUCCUUUCUGAAACAAGAGGCAGGGUGUUGUUGUUUUUUUAAAGAAAGCACAUCCAGAAUCCAGACCGUACGACAGGAUGGACUUUUUAUUGGGCACGAGAGAGGAGAAAAAAAAUAUAUAUUAGGCUACCGCAAGGCAUCGAAACACACACGCACAAAAAAAAACACAAUUUGUGCAGUUUGCUCGCAAGGUCUACCGUUGGGAAAAACCACUGCUCUCCAAAGUUUUUGAACGCUUCACAAUGACGUUUUGGUCUCCCCCUCCGCCCACAAGGAGUAAGAAUGCACAAGCAAAAAUAGUGAGGGAACAGGUGGAUAUUCUACCAGAGGUUGAAUUCUGUUUUCCUUCUGAAAAGAUCUAUUUUCUUUCCACUGUCUCUGCAAAUGUUGUAACAUUCAGUGUUAAGUACUUUAUUGUCCCUUCGUUUUCUGGGCUGUUAUGACAAUGGCCUAGAAUAAUAAAAUCUUCUGCGAGGCCCCUAA